AUGGAUCUUAAAUCAAAACAUCUGAGAUUUGCCACCCGAGAGCUGAUGAUCCUUCUGCUCCUGUGUGACUGUGUCCUCAUUGCCAAAGCAUACAGUGUCAAGAACUGUUACAUUUAUAACAACAAAGCCUUUUGCUCCAAACAGAAACUCAGCCAGAUUCCCACUGGCAUCCCUCCUUCUGUAAAAAGCAUUGACCUGAGCCUCAAUGCAUUUAGAAAAAUACAAGUGUUAAACUUCACAAACUUCCCCAAUUUAACAACACUGAACUUGAAACACAACUCUAUUUCAUAUAUUGGCAAAGGUACCUUUUCUCAGUUACUCUCCCUAAACCUGCUAAUACUGAACACAAAUAAGAUUGAGCACCUUGAAGAUGAUGUGUUUGACGGUUUGUUCAAUCUCACAGAGUUACUUCUGGGUUUUAAUCGUAUUCAAACAGUGGCUCCAAAUGCCUUCAGAUCACUGAGCAGCCUCAAGAUCCUGGAACUGUCCAAGAACCAACUGCAAAGCAUUGGCCUCCUUUGUGGCAUCAUACAGCACACGCCACAGCUGAAAAACCUGCAGAUUCGAGGAAAUGGGAUAAAAACUUUCAAGUCAAACGAUUUAACAAACAGCUCAAUCGACAUUACAUACUUAGACUUGUCUGAAAAUCCACUUGAGACGUUUGAGGUUUCAGCUGCUGUGUUUCCCAUGCUGUCCAGUCUGAACCUUGGGAGUCCAUCAAGAAAACUCAAUCUGACGUGGGCCGUGCAGAAGCAAACUGUGCUAGAGAAUGUGACCUCUCUGGAGCUCACUGGGGUACAACUCUCCUCUGGCAGCGAAUGGACAAGAUUAUUUUCAUCGUUCAACUCCUCCUUGACUUUCUUGAAGCUAAACUGCAUGAAAUAUAAGCUUAGGUUCCUCAUCAGUGUUUCAUGCUCCAUCCCCACUGUGUCACAGCUUCAACUGCAGAGCAACAAACUCACGUUCAUCAGCUCAUCUUUGUUCCAAAAGUGCCGUAAUGUGACUGGCAUCGAUCUGGAGGAAAACAAAAUUAAAAACAUCGACAAUGGCUCUUUUGACGCUCUUCAUCUGUUACAAGUCCUGAGCAUCAAACGUAACAGGCUCCCAAGUGUCCCAUUUGCAACGCGAAAUCUGCGUUCACUUCAGAAACUUGAUCUUAGCUUCAACUUGAUCAAAACUCUGGAGUGUCAGGAUUUUGCUCAGCUGACGAAUUUAACGCAGCUGAAUCUGCAGUGGAACAACCUCACAGCUCUAAAUAAAUGCUCUUUUGUCACUUUGUCCAAGCUGGAAAUUUUGAAACUACAGGGGAAUUUAAUAACCAAACUCGGGGGUGCAUUUACGAAAAACUUCCCCAGUUUAAAAAGCCUCUUGUUGAAUCACAAUAAACUCACUGCAAUUGGUAAACAUGACUUCAGGGGCUUGUAUUCACUUCAGAACCUGUCACUAUCAGAAAACCAGAUCCAAACUCUAGACAAGAGCUGCUUCAGUGGUCUCAAAAGUUUGACGUAUCUGCAGUUGCAAAUGAAUAAUCUCAGAAAGGAAUCAAUAGGCAACAACUGUUUGAGGAAAUUGGUGAAAUUAAGACGACUGGAUUUGUCAAGUAAUCAUAUAAAGUACCAAUCCAGUCGUUUGAAGGUACCACUAUUUAUGAACUUGUCCAAUUUAGAAACGCUGAUGUUUUCAGUGCAGCGGGCCAGGGGCAAAGGCCUGUUCCCUUCAAACCUCCUUCAGGGCCUGACGAACCUCAAAACUUUUACUUGCAAUACCAACUUCAUUGCAUCUUUGCCCUAUGACUCCUUCACGUACACGCCUCAUCUUACUUCCCUGGAUAUCAGUGCCAAUGAACUUCUAGAUAUUACACCUCAGCUGUUCGCUCCGUUACGAAAACUAAGGCAUCUUAGAAUAAAUAACAUUCACGCUCAUUCCCUGCACUUCCUGAUUGAUGCCAACCUUACAGAGUUACAUGAGCUUGAAGCGAAAAAAAACGCCUUUUCUGUCAUAAAUGAAGACAUUGUGCGAUCGUUGCCAAGUCUCUCAGUGCUGGGCCUGCAGUUUAACAGGUUCACGUGCGAUUGUGACAACUCCUGGUUUGUACAAUGGAUAAAAGACAACAACCAAACGGAAGUAGAAGAUGCAGACAAUUUGAGAUGCAACUACCCACCGCAAUCUAUGGGCAAAAAGCUUCUACACCUCAAUGUCCAGUCUUGUAUUUUGGAUGUGGGCUUCAUCUGUUUCAUUUCCACCGCUUGUACCAAUAUCCUAAUCCUUCUGGUUACCUUCAUCUACCAUUUUAGCAGAUUUCAGCUCAUCUACGCGUACUACAUCUUCUUGGCCUGGCUGUUUGACUCCAAGAACAGACAGAAGCGUGCAGAGAGUCAGUGCGAUGCUUUUAUCUCGUACAAUACCCACGAUGAAACCUGGGUUUACAGAGAACUGGUGCCUCGUCUUGAGAAGGAGCAAGGGUGGAGGCUCUGUCUGCACCAUCGCGACUUCCUCCCAGGAAAACCGAUUGUGGAAAACAUCGCCGAUGCCAUUUAUGGAAGCAGAAAAACCAUCUGUGUCAUCAGUCGACGGUAUCUGCAGAGCGAGUGGUGCUCCAAAGAGAUGCAACUGGCCAGUUUCCGUCUGUUCGAUGAGCGUGAGGACGUGUUGAUCCUGGUGUUUUUGGAGGACAUCCCCUCGUCUCACCUGUCUCCUUAUUACCGCAUGAAAAGGGUCCUGAAGAAGAGGACCUACCUGAGAUGGCCCCGCCCCUCCGAGCAGCAGCCUCUGUUCUGGGAGAAACUACGGCAAGCCCUGAGGUCCAUAAGUACAGCGGAGGAAGACAGGCUGCUCCUCACUGUCGCUCAAUCGUCCUGA